UCUAAAUUGGUUUUCCCAGAAGAGUGGAGAUUGGUGAUUUGGAGUAUCUCAAACGCAAGGGAUACAACUAUCAAUUCAUUGGGUCCACAAACAUCUAAUCAGAUCUGACACGUGUCAAUUGUACAGGACUUGAAGAUUUUCGAAUCCCGAGGAGCAUAUACUCCUUACCUAACCAAUAACAAUAUUCCCGCCCGGUAAACAAACAACUUCCACCACAACAACGCCGCUAGAGAAGAGAUAAUGGUGACUCUAUGUAAUAAUCAAAUAUUGCUAUCUCUUUCAUUAUCUUCAUCUCAAUCUGCAACUCUACGAGAACUUAACCACCUCGCCGGUUUUACUCGUAGACGGUGGAAACUCCGUAGUGCACCGCAGCAGCAGUACAAUUACUCUUCAUACUCUAGGAUCAAAAGAUUUCAGCUUGUGAGUGCUAAAAAUUAUGAAGCCGGACAGUCGGAGGAUGCUGAGGAGAUAGUGCACAAGGCUUCUGAUGACUUAACUGGCAGUCUGGAAGAUAAAACUGUUCGCACAGGAAGUUCAUUUUUGGCAAAACUGGCAAUAGCAUUAGGUAUAGCUGCUACUAUUACAUUUCUAUCCAUAGGCCUUAAGCAGCCUAAUCAAGGAUCAAAUUUUGGAAUUCAAUAUCUGGUUGAUGGAUCAUCAUCUUCCACAAUUUCUACACCUGCUCCUGGUUUUUCUUUCAAAGCUUUUGGCUAUAGAGUCAUGCUGCCAGAAUAUGCUCCAGGAUGGAUCUACUUUUGGCUUCUGAUGGCAGCUGGUUUUGGACUUUUUAUCAGUGAGGAGGCUUUGAAUAUAUGGGUUGGAAUCUCUAUAGCACGGAUGCUUGUUCUAGAUGGGACGUGGCAAUCACUAGUGAACUCCUUUUCCAGGAAUGCUCCAUAUAUAACAUCCACUAUUCUUUGGGUGUACUGGGGUGUUUGCAUCAGCGAUAUGAUACCUUUUUACCUUGGGAAGCUUUUUAAGCAAUCUGGUGCAUCCGAUGAUGUUUGCUCAAAGUUAGGGAUCGGAAAUCAGAAGGCAAGAGAUAUUACAAACGCUGUACAAAAACAUGGGAAUCUCAUUGGUUUUGUGGAACGGUUUUCUCUUGGAGUAAGAAAUCCCACUGCUUUCCUUGCAGGGGCUCUGGAUAUAUCACCAGAGUGUUUCUUUGCUGGAGUCUGUUGUGGCGGCUUGAUAACUCUUCCAAUUCAGUUGACAAUUGGAUUUUUACUAAGAGAGCGUCCAGUAUUUGCCGUUGCAACAGUUGCUACUGUAGUGGGAAUCUGGACUAUAUUCCCCUAUGCAGUGGCUGCUUCUACAGCAUUAUUCCUAUAUCUACGGCGCCAGUUUUCUGGUUAGGCCAACUCAUUACUUUUAUG